AUGUCAUCGCAAAGUCCGCCCGUACUGCAGCAACACCGCCGCCAGCUGCGCCGACUGUGCCAGGUGCACAUUUCCGCCAACUGCCAACUGCCAACACAAACAAACCAGGUGUUGAAAAUGUCCAACUUUGUCGAACUCGCUAUCAAAUUCCACAACUUCCGCAACGGCGUCGCCAAGGAAAAGGCGGCGCUGCGCAAGACUGACAAGCCUCUCCGCGCCGGUGUCCUCUCCGCCGCGGCCAUCAACUUCACGGCCUUCUUUGAUCCUGUCGAGAGCCAUGCCGACAUCAUCAUCGCGGGUGUUGCUGCGCGUGCGCUAGAUAAGGCGCAGGCCCAGAUUGACAAGUACAAGCUCACAGACGCCAAAGCGUACGGAUCCUACGAUGAGCUGUUGUCAGAUCCAGCCAUCGAUCUGAUCUACACGGCGCUGCCAAACGGGCUACACGCUCAGUGGGUGAUCAAGGCGCUUGAAAAGGGCAAACAUGUCCUCGUCGAAAAGCCCAUUGCGUCUACAGCCGCCGAUGUUGACAAGAUUCGCGCUGCUGCCGACAAGUCUGGCAAAGUGGUGCUUGAGGCCGUCCACUGGCGUUUCCACCCCGUCGCGCAUCUCGUCAAGGAAACCAUUGAGAGCGGCAAGUAUGGCAAAGUUGAGUCGUUCAGUACUAACAUGGUUCUUCCCGGCGGUAUUUUAUCCUCGGACGACAUUCGGUUCCGGUAUGAUCUUGCAGGCGGUGCCAGCAUGGACUUGAACUAUGUGCUAUCCGCCGCGCGCUAUAUUUGCAACAGUAAGGGCGAUGCGACCGUUGACAUCCAAGAAGCAAAAGCACGUAUCAACGCCAAGGACCCCAAAGUCGACGAGGCAAUGGACACAGUAAUUGUGUUUACGCAUCCCGAGGAUGGCUCCAAGAUCACAUCGAAAACGCAUGGUGAUUUAAAUACACCAAAACUACUGGGUGUCAUCCCCAGAUUCUGGGACGCGACACCAUCAUUUACGGUUGAGUUGACCAAAGCUCGACUUCAUCUCGAUAACUUUGUUGGUCCAUACAUGAGCCACAGCGUGACCAUUACACACAAGGACGCUAAUGGCAAGUUGACUGGUAAGAAAGAGGGCCUGUCGGCGUACAAGGGCGGCUCGCACUGGGGAGAGCGCGGCCAAAAGUGGUGGACUACAUACAGAUACCAGCUGGAGGCGUUUGUCGACAUGAUCCGAGCAGCAGAGGCUGGUAAUAAAGACGGCGAGGGAGCAGUGGCUUGCUGGGUGAAUUUGGACGAGAGCAAAGGCGUCUUGGAGCUAAUUGACGGCGUUUACGAUAAGGCCGGCCUUCCGCGCAGAGAGUCGGCUGGGCUCUAA